UUAUUCCUUUUCCCAGCCUUUCAGAUUGUCUUCACACUUAGGAAUUAUUGUUAUCUGUUUUUCCUCUUAUUCUCAGCAGAUAACUGGAGGACAAUAAACAUGUGCACCACGUGCGGGAAGUACCACACAGAAGAGGGAUUCAAUAGAUGCCAGGAAUGCAGGGAAUGUUUUUCUCAGAAAUCAUACCUUGUGACUCAUCAGAGAAUCCACACAGGACAGAAAUCAUACAAAUGCCAGGAAUGUGGCAUAUGCUUUGCUCGCAGUUCAAACCUUGUGGUGCAUCAGAGACUCCACACAGGAGACAAACCAUACACAUGCCAGGAGUGUGAGAAAGGUUUUGUUCAGAGGUCACACCUUCUAAGCCACCAAAGAAUCCACACAGGAGAGAAACUGUACAAAUGCCAGGAGUGUGGGGAGUGCUUUUUUCACAAUUCGCACUUUGUGUUGCAUCAGAGACUCCACACAGGAGAGAAACCAUACCAAUGCCAGGAGUGUGGAAAAUGCUUUUCUCACAGUUCACACCUUGUGAUUCACCAGAGAGUCCACACAGGAGAGAAGCCAUACAAAUGCCAAGAGUGUGGGAAAUGCUUUUCUCGCAAUUCGUACCUUGUGUUGCAUCAGAGGAUCCACACCGGUGAGAAACCAUACAAAUGCCAGGAGUGUGGAAAAUGUUUUGCUCGAAUGGCGGAUUUUGUGAAACACAAGAGAGUCCACACCGGAGAGAAGCCAUAUAGAUGUGAGCAGUGUGGAAAAUGUUUUGCUCAGCGUUCAACCCUUGUUAAACAUCAGAGUGACCACACAGGUAAGAAGCUCUACCAAUGCCAAGUGUGUGGCAAGUGUUUUUCUCAGAAUUCACACCUUGUGUUCCACCAGAGAAUCCACACAGGUGACAAGCCAUACCAAUGUGAGGACUGUGGGAAAUGUUUUGGUCGCAAGUCAGAACUUGUGAGUCAUCAGAGAGUCCACACAGGAGAGAAGCCAUAUCAGUGCAAAGAGUGUAGUAAAUGUUUUGCUCAUAGGUCAUCCCUUGUGAAGCAUCGGAGAAUUCACUCAGGAGAGAAACCGUACACAUGCUCUGCAUGUGGGAAAUGUUUUACUCAACAUUCAAACCUUGUGAUCCACCAGAUCACACAGGACCACAGGACCACACAAAUGCCAGGAGUACAGGGAAUGUAAUACAGAAGUAAUACAGAUAAUGCUUCUUUUUGAUGUAUGAUGUCGACAUUUUCAGUGGUUGCCUUUUAUGUAUUAAAGCACAUUCAUUUUUGUAUUAUAAAGAUCUCUAGCAUCCCAGAUGGCCAACAUGAUUGAAAGCCCACAUAUGUUAGACACUAUUUAGAAGUACUGUAUGAUCAUGCCUUAUAUCUGUGAAUUAACAAGGGUAAAUAAAAAAUUCUGUAGUUCAAUAUUCCAUAAAGCAACAGAUUUUUUACAAAGAGGAUAUAUCUAUAUUACUCAAGCUUUGAAGUACAGUACUUUGGCAUGCUUAGCUCAAACAUUUUUCAAAAAAUCAUUGUUGUGGGUCAAACCCUUACUGAACCAGUUGAAGAGCAAAAAUUAAGAUUAUUGUUGUUUACUACAAUUUCUGCAGCAAAAUAAAUUUCAUUUUCCUCUCUAAACUAUAUUAGUUAUUCCAGACUAUUUGGGCAAAGAUGAAUUUAUUAAUAAAGUAAAAGGUCCAGGAUUUUUUUGGGGGGAGAAGGUAUCAUUAAAGAGAGAUUUGAUGGCCAACUUUUAGGACUGUUCUAGUUGUAUGUAUAUAUUCCUGUAUGGCAUGGGAUUGCAACAACUAAAUGGCCCUUGCAGUCAUUAGGAAAUCUUGACUCGCCCUCAAAAUAAGUCAGAGAAGUUACAGAAUAUGGCUUCUCCUUUUUUUUCCACAUGUACAAAGCCCCUUCUGAACAAGUCAUGUUUAGAAUCAUAGUUGGAAGAGAUCGCAAGGGCCAUUACGUCCAACCCUGCCAUGCAGGAAUACACAAUCAAAGCACUAGGUU